AUGAGAGAAGGUGAAGGACGAGCAAAAUCUAUGGUAGAGGAAUCGAAUGAGAUAAAAGAACAAAAUGCCGACUUUGAGAGGGAGUAUCGGAUGAGGGAGGAAAGCGAGAGGAGGGCAAUAAAGAAGAGAAAGGAGAAAAGAGCUGCUCGCAAAUUAAAGGAACAAAAAGGAGGCCAAAAAGAACGGACAAUUGAUAGAGAAUGA